UUUUAUGUACCGCCGUCUUGAUGUGACAUGCUUUGUAAAAAUUAAUACAACCCCAUAACCCCGUCCCCAUUGUAUACGAAACCGUCAUUACCUCCAAUUGUGUUUCUAAGCAGGAAACAUUGAGAGCUCGACACCAGAAAAUAAAGAACCAAUUAGAGUGGCGAUCAGCAAAACAUUGUUUACAUUCCACACAGAUUGAGAACAAAAUCAGAGGCGUUUUGUGCAAUGUUAUCAGUUAAACACUGCCUGCCUCCUACUCACAGACCCAUAUUCAUAGUGUAUUAAUCGUGUAAUAGUUUACGAGCCAAGGGGAUGAAAACUAAAACAAAGAUUUCGUUUUGCAGCUUUAACAGAGAACAGCAACGGCAACAACAAUUAAGCGCACAUUUUAAUUGACAUUUUUUUCGUUGUUGAUGUUAGAUUUUGUGCUAAAAAUUAAUCUAAGCGUAACGACACAUCAUUUAUAAAAUAAAAGAUAACGGAGGCUUUUUCAUAUGCAAUUUUGGUUACAGUAUUUUUAAGAAAAGAUAAAGAGGGGUAAAGAAUUUUGUCAAUUACUGCCACCCCAAAUCACGACAAAAACAUUGCCCGCAUCAUUUAAUCGAUAUAAUUUACAAACUAUUCAAUAAGCAUUACCAACACACACACACACACCGUCAGAAGGAAAGUAUAUGCAAUAUUAUCAAAAUGUCAUUGCUGCGUCAGUUUUUUGGUACCUCAUCGAACACAUGGGUCCGAGCCCUCAUCAUAUUCUGUUUAGCCUGGGCUUUUCUCGUCUACAUUUUUGUGACCAAAUUAAAUCCACCAUCUACCGAGGAACCUGAUAACACAUCUAAGCGAAUUAAUCAAGCUCUGCAAUUGCUGGAGGCAUCACGUCAACGAAAUCAGGAAUUACAAGAAAUGAUUGAUACCCUAUUGAACGAUGAUCGCGUGGACAAACAAUCAGCGCAGAGGCUUAUACAAAAAUUGGAAUAUAAUAUAAAGAAUCCCCUGGGCAUAGAAUCAAAACAAGACUCUCCGGUACCAUUUGGGAGUCCAUCGAAUGAACCCACACUGGAGUAUGAACUGCUGCGAAGGAGAAUACAAACAAAUAUUGCAGAAAUAUGGAAUUUCUUUAGCAAUGAAUUGGGAAAGAUUCGCAAACAAGUUGAUCCCAAUAUGAAAGAAGAUAUAAAUAGUGUUUUAAUAAUGGGAGCAGAACACAAACGUUCGCUGCUAAGCGAUAUGGAACGUCUACAUCAAUUGGACGGCUAUGAGGCAUGGCGACAUCAGGAGGCUAAAGAUUUAAGUGAUCUGGUGCAGCGACGUCUUCGUUACUUACAAAAUCCACCCGAUUGCGGGAAGGCCAAGAAAUUGGUGUGCAAAUUGAAUAAAGGCUGUGGCUAUGGGUGUCAACUGCAUCAUGCCGUUUAUUGUUUCAUAGUCGCAUAUGCUACGGAACGUACAUUGAUAUUAAAAUCGAAAGGUUGGCGUUAUCACAAAGGUGGCUGGGAGGAGGUAUUUCAACCGGUAUCUGAUUCUUGCCUUGACAUUGGACCGGCUAGAGCCAACAAUUGGCCGGGUAGGCCGGAAUCGCAAGUUGUUGUAUUGCCUAUUAUUGAUUCGCUAAUGCCAAGACCACCUUAUCUACCACUUGCCAUACCUGAGGAUAUUUCAUUUCGUUUGAAACGUUUGCACAGUGAACCCAUUGUUUGGUGGGUUGGACAGUUUUUGAAAUAUUUACUACGGCCACAGAAGGGAACACAGGAAUUUUUGGAAAAUAGUAUGGCAAAAUUGGGUUGGAAGAAACCUAUUGUUGGAGUUCAUGUUCGACGAACCGAUAAGGUAGGUACAGAGGCGGCUUUUCACAGCAUUGACGAAUACAUGACACAUGUAGAGGAUUACUAUUUGACACAAGAAAUCAACGGUACGAGUAUGACACGACGUAUAUUUUUGGCAUCCGAUGAUGCACGAGUUAUUGACGAGGCACGUAAAAAAUAUCCACAAUACGAGAUAAUUGGCGAUGCCGAGGUGGCACGAAUGGCAGCUGUCUCUACGCGAUACACAGAUACCGGCCUCAAUGGCAUUAUCUUAGACAUACAUCUAUUAUCGAUAUCUGAUUAUUUAGUGUGCACCUUCAGUUCACAAGUGUGCCGGGUGGCAUAUGAAAUAAUGCAGACCCUAUAUCCCGAUGCAGGACAUCGUUUUAAAUCGCUGGACGAUAUUUACUAUUAUGGCGGACAAAAUCAACAUAAUCGACAAGUUGUAAUACCGCACAAGGCUAGAAAUCAUGAUGAAUUGCAUUUGAAACCCGGAGAUUUGGUAGGUGUUGCUGGCAAUCACUGGGAUGGUUUUUCGAAGGGGAAAAAUACGCGCACCAAUCAAGUUGGCCUGUUCCCAUCGUUUAAAGUUGUCGAUAAAGUGGAAACGGCCAAAUUGCCAACUUAUCCGAAUGUGUAAAUAGUCUUCUUUUUAAUUUAUUUAUUUUAGAACACAACAACAAGAAAUUUCAGGUCUAUUUAGGGUUUCCUUUAAGAGACAAACAAAAAGAGCUGUUGCUCGUUUUGUUGUAUUAUUUACUUUCCUUUUUCGAUGUAAAUAAGUAUAUAAUUUUUCGCAAUUGUGUUUUUCGUUUUUGUCUGUGUUUUUUGUUUAUGUCUAUGUAGAUCAUGUUUAAGGCACCAUCAAAUCCAUCCUUGUAACUAUAAUUCCUAUAUUAUAGAGAGUAAUUUGAAAAAAAUUGCUUUAACUUUUCUA